AUGCCAAGUCUUCUAGCGCACCACGAAUUAGAGCGUCGCCUGCUCGGAUGGACAGGAUCGUCAUACGUUCCGCGGUACCCGUUUUUCGAAGGGCCUCAAGCGAGUGGAAGCAACAGCCUAAACGGGAGUACUAGCAGCCUCGUAGCGUCAAGACAUUCUCAGGACCUUAACAGGUGGUUUAAUGACGUCGAAUUGGCGGCACAUGAUUGCAACAUCCCACCCGAACAACACCCCGACGUAGCGAUAUAUUUCUUGAAGGGCGAUCUACGGGAGGUCAUGAGCGAGAGGCGGAAUGUUUAUUUGAGACAAACGAGAAAGCUUUUCUGGGCAUGGGAGGAUUUCAAAGAGGACUUGAGGAGAAUUGUCGCAAGCGAUGCGAUUGAACAAUUGCAAAGAGCUCACCCAUAUAUUGCUGUUUCGGUCAAGCUGGGCCUUAUCAUCGGGGGAACAGCCGUCCUUUUGCCAGCCCUCGGGGUCAUAACGUGGAACAGGCUUCAGACGAGACACCAUGUAGCGGUACAGUCACCGCAAUGA